AUGAUCUUCCAAACACCUCUCAAUCUCUCGGCAGCCAACUUCGCCUUCCUCACGUUUGGGCACUCCUCGACCUGUGCGUUCCGUACCUGGACCAUUCUGUUACGCUUCACUGGUCUCUGGUAUUUCUUUCAGAUCUACCAAGGCGUUUUUGAGAAGGAGAAUAUCAGGCUGCACAAGAAAUAUGGACCGAUUGUCAGGAUUGCGCCUGGUGAGUACUCGGUUGAUGAUGUGGAAGUGGCGAAGACGAUUUAUGGGCAUGGAAAUGCGUCUGUCAAGACCCAACUAAAGCGUCUCUCUUCGCAGAAUUGGAUGCGCACCUCAUGCCCAACAAGGGCGGAAAUUUUCCUCGUUGUACUCUAUGAGUGCUUUGCUGGGCUACGAACUGUUUGUGACCAAGUAGGUGUAGUCGGUAAUCCAUUCGAGGAAUUCGGUUCUUCCUUUAAGGACUACCUGGCCGACCUUGAUGAUCUCUUGAAGUGCUUCUUUUAUAUUAGAGAGACCUUGCAAGACGAGGUUUUAGCGGGUGGAGAGCUUGAGAGGCAUAUGCUGGCAUUUGGGAUGGGGAACAGGACGUGCAUUGGUAAGAACAUCAGUCUGUUGGAGAUGAGCAAGGUUGUUGCGCAGCUGGGGCAGCUGAAGUGUUUGAACAGGUGGUUUGUAAAGCAGACAAAUUUUAAAGCUACGGUGUUGGCGAGGAAGGCUGAGUAG